CUAGGUUACGUUCUGAGCUCAUUUUUCUGGGGCUACUGGGCCACGCAGCUUCCGGGCGCUGUGAUAUGCUGUUAUUUUGGGGCCAGCAAAGUCUUUAGUAUCGGCCUCUUCAUCGCCAUCCUAGCAACCUUCCUUUGUCCUUUUAUCUCUGGUGUCAACUUUUGGCUGUUCAUUGCACUGCGUCUUUUCAUUGGAUUGGGGCAAGGUGUAACAUUCCCAGUGGCCCUGAACAUCAUUGCAAACUGGGCCCCUUCUUCUCAGUUUGCCACGUUUAUAGCUUUAGGGGGCGGUGGUCAGUAUCUGGGGGCUGUCCUGGCGAACUCUGUUUCUGGACUGUUAGCUUCUGGUAGCUUUUUAGAGGGCUGGCCCAGUCUUUUCUAUGUGUAUGGAGGCUGUGGAGUACUAUGGGCUCUGCUAUGGUUUGUAUUUGUUAGAGAUGAUCCGGCCACAUCAUACUGGACUUCCACCUCUGAAAGGGAAUACUUGGCCGCGACUACAGUCCCAAGGAAAGCAGUUCAGAUAUCUGAAAUACCCUGGAAAAGUAUUCUGAAGAGCGGACGAUUUUGGUCAACUUGUGUCAUACACACUUGUAAUGGGUAUGGGUUCUUCAUGUUACUGUCAGACAUUCCCAAGUUUAUGAUCGAAGUUUUGCAGUACAACAUGAAAGACUCCGGGUUUAUAGCCUCGCUACCUUACGUCAUGAUUUACCUUGGUUACACUUCCGGUGGAUACCUUUCUGAUCUUCUUAUAAGAAACGGAAAUACUGUCAAAAACAUGGACAAGAAACUGUGUAGUGUUGCUGCCCAGAUUAUUCCCGCCAUUCUUCUGGCUGCCAUGGCCUACUGUGAGAACAAUGUCCCCAUCCUGAUUCUUAUGAAUAUAGCAAUGUAUUUCCAGGGUUACGCCCACCUCUGCUAUUAUGUGAACUAUGCUGAUCUCUCUCCUCGCUUCUCUGCCAUCCUCUGUGGUAUUGGUAAUGGACUUUGUGCUGUUGCUGGAAUCCUGGGCCCCAUCGCUGUUGGUCUUCUUGUCAAUGAUGUUGAUCCAAAUGAUCAUGAUAAACUGCAUGAACGGUGGAAAAUAGCCUUCCUAUCAGCUUCAGCGGUUUGGAUGUUUGGAUCUCUUCAGUACUGUGUGUUUAGUUCCGCUGAGGUGCAGCCCUGGAAUUCCCAUGGGUUGGAGGAGGAAACGUCUGUGGAGGAUGAAGAUCUUCUGUAUGCUUACGCCGAAGAAAGCAGCCGAGGUUUCGGUAUUUAGAGAAUUACACUGUCCAAGGCUCUGACUUGUAACUGAUUGGUAUUUGAGCUCUUCAUUGACAAAUGAUACUCGGUGUUUUGACUGAAUAACAAGGUUAAAAUAUUUUCAUCCUAUUACACACAUUCACUGACUAGCGACUAAAAGUAAUUAUUUGUUGUUUUAAAAUUGAUAUUUGUUAUAAUUAUGUAGUGGUUACAGUAUGAGUAUUUUGAUAUUCAGAAGAAUGAUUGUUUUGUUGAGUGUACUGUUGUUUAUGCUAUAUUUUUUAAUCGACCAAUUAUGUCAGAAAGUAUGAAUUGUUUUUGAUUUUAUUUUUUGAUUUCAUUUUUAUGACGAAUCACAUUGUAUUUAGAU